CUAUUUCUUUUCACUUGUGCCAUUACUUGCGCAUCUGAGAGCGGGAACGAGCGAAAACUCGAAAAGAGGGGGAAAAUGGCGACCGAGAAUUUGACCCCGGCGAAGGAAUUGGCGGCGACAGCGGACGCGGAGGAGGAGGUUAUCUCCGUCGAGCUCCCAGCGCCUGAGGGAUGGAAGAAGAAGUUUACACCAAAAAAGGGCGGAACACCUAAGCGUAAUGAGAUAGUUUUCAUCUCACCAACAGGAGAAGAGAUUGCGAACAAGAAGCAGUUAGAUCAGUACCUACGUGCCCACCCUGGCGGCCCGCCUUCAUCUGAAUUUGACUGGGGAACUGGUGAUACUCCUCGGAGAUCUGCUAGGAUCAGUGCUAAAGUGAAAGCUACAGAGACUCCUGAGGAUGAGAAACCUAAAAAGAGGGAGAGAAAAUCAAGCGGGAAGAAGGGGGCGAAGGACACAAAAGAUGGUGAAAGUGGAGAGAACGAGGAUCCUGAAGCAGCUGAAGGUGCAGCUGACGGAGCAAAAGCAUCUGUUGAUACUGAAAUGAAAGACGCUGAAGAUACUGCAGACAAGGCUAAGGAGGAUGCAGGUGUUGAGGCUGAAAGGGAGGCACAGAAAGAACCAACGGAGAAAACCAGUGAAAAUAUUGAGGGGAAUGGAGCAGAGAAAGCUAUUGGGGAUGUACGCUAUGAUGGUCUGAUGCUCGUUCCAGAAUGUUUUACUUUCUAUCUAAUAAGUUACCUUGUAGACGGUUACAUUUUGUUCAGCACGCUAAUGGAAUGUUUGCAUGAAUUGAAUGCUUCUUCCUCUUUUGUUCUUGUUUCAUCACGUACAUAUCACCAUUUCCCCCUAUUGUGUUGUGUACAGUUUACACCAAAAAAGGGCGGAACACCUAAGCGUAAUGAGAUAGUUUUCAUCUCACCAACAGGAGAAGAGAUUGCGAACAAGAAGCAGUUAGAUCAGUACCUACGUGCCCACCCUGGCGGCCCGCCUUCAUCUGAAUUUGACUGGGGAACUGGUGAUACUCCUCGGAGAUCUGCUAGGAUCAGUGCUAAAGUGAAAGCUACAGAGACUCCUGAGGAUGAGAAACCUAAAAAGAGGGAGAGAAAAUCAAGCGGGAAGAAGGGGGCGAAGGACACAAAAGAUGGUGAAAGUGGAGAGAACGAGGAUCCUGAAGCAGCUGAAGGUGCAGCUGACGGAGCAAAAGCAUCUGUUGAUACUGAAAUGAAAGACGCUGAAGAUACUGCAGACAAGGCUAAGGAGGAUGCAGGUGUUGAGGCUGAAAGGGAGGCACAGAAAGAACCAACGGAGAAAACCAGUGAAAAUAUUGAGGGGAAUGGAGCAGAGAAAGCUAUUGGGGAAAAGGCUGAUUCUGAAAUAUUACAUCCGGCUUCUGCAGGAAAGGUGGACGAGAAUGCAGAGGAGAAAAAGGCAGAAGAUUCUAAUGUGAUGCCCCCAACAGCAGAAGGAAUGGAGAAUAAAAGUUCAGAUAAAGAAAAACCUGAAGAUUCUGCAACACUGAUUCAAACAUCAGCCGACCAAGAGAUGUCCAGAAGGCGGAAAGAGAUAAAAAAUGAGAGGCCUUUUAGCGAAAACCGGAGCACGGACGGUGCAAUUCCGAAGGAAACUCAGCCCUCUGUGACCUUGGAUGACGGGCACCAGCCCAAUGCUUCGUCUGCUAACAGCUGA